AUGAACUGGGUUAAGAUCGUCAUUAUAACAACGGCUUCUUUGCUUCCGGCAUGGUCCAACGUUCUUAAACCUAACGGAGAUAUGGCUUCCGGUUGGAUGCAAGAAACGUACAAGUAUAUCUGCAAAACCUGUGACAAUUUCAAGAGGAUCUUGUCGUCUUCUUUAAACGCACAAGCUUACAGUUGCAUUGCUUUGCAACUUGCCAUAUACUUUUUCUUUGCUUCUCCCUUGUUCUCGACGUUGACCGAACUCCAACAGUUUCUGACAUGCGUUUUCUUCUUCUUAAACACUAUGUUCUUACUUCCACUUCCCAUCAAUUUGGAAGAAUCGCUGAAAGAUUUGGGUUUGGGUUAUCACGCUUUGUUGAAAUCAGUUAUGGCUUUUGGUUCUUAUCUCUUCUUUGAUUGGGUUGGGAAGGCUAUGACACUACACGAGGAUUUUAACAUGGCGACAAGUUCGGUAUGGUAUUUGAUGUAUCUUUUGACGACUGAAGCGCGUUUCCACUUCGAAGAAGAGUUGGCAAUUUGCGACGGAUUUCUGUUUGCCGGCUAUGGCUUGAUGAUAAACCAAAACGUAAUCCCAUCGUGGCUUGUAGUCAUAGUUGGUCCGGUAUCACUGACUAGCAAAAACUACAUUCAGAUGUGUUACUCCAAGAGAUCAGUAGACGUUAAAUCCAAAGGUCCAAUAGCAGAUCCUGUCUUUAUAAAAAUUCUUCAUUAUUCUCGAUCCCUCGGGUAUAUUUCUUUGGCCUUCGCUACCCAAUUCUUCUAUGCCUCUUCGUACUUGUGGAAUCUAACACGAACACAGCAAGGGUUCAGUUCUGUUUUCUUCCUCAUGACUUGGAUACUAAUGCUUAAGUUCCCACCUCUCAUCCAAUGGGAAGGAAGAAUGAAGUUAUUUUAUCAAGCGUUGCUGAAAUCCGGUCUGUCUUUUGCAUGCAAUUACUUAUCUCAGUGGAUUGGCGAGUCAAUGAAUUUCAGGGAAGAUAUGAAAUUGAUGAAUUUUUCUUUGGCCUUCCUGAUUUAUCUCUUGACAAUUGAGGCACGAUAUCAUGUUGAAGACACGGUGGCAUUGUGCGAAGGGUUUUUGUUUGCGGGAUUCGGUCUGAUGAUGGCCCAAAAGGCCAUCCCAAUGUGGAUAGUAGUAUUGGUCGGAUUAGCAUCUCUUUCAACUAAGAACUACGUACAGAUGUCGUGGAAGCAGCAACAAUCAUUAGUCGUUGAUGAGAUGCCUCCGGAAACGAUCGAUAAAACGCAAUGCAAAAAAGACAUUCGAAGCUUUCUUGCACUUCUUGACUAG